UGUCCUCUUUAGCUUGAUUGCGGAAGUGGGUACGGACAGCUAUCGUUGGCCGGCGUUUGGGAGCUUUACGCGAGUGCGCCCGUUGCUGCUUUCGGCUGGAAAGAUGCCGGGUCUGGCCGCCGCCAGCCCUUCCCCGCCUGAGGCUCAGGAGAAAAAGCCACUGAAGCCCUGCUGCGCCUGCCCGGAGACCAAGAAGGCGCGCGAUGCGUGCAUCAUUGAGAAAGGAGAAGAACACUGUGGACAUCUCAUUGAGGCCCACAAGGAGUGCAUGAGAGCUCUAGGAUUUAAGAUAUGAUGUGGUGGCCUACUUUGUGAAUGAAUAAUCCCUGAAGAAUGAAGAAGAUUAAAUAUUUUGGAAGUUCUUGGAUGAACUUUGAUAAAUGGAUAAAGUAUUUAUAAUUUAUUAAAAAAAAACAAAAGCAAAGAAAGUGAGCUAAA